AAUCAACACCCAUCUCAGCCAUUACAGCUUUCCAACCCAGGUGCCGAGCCAGACAGAACAUGGCAAUGGGCUCCAGCAGAGGCACAAAUGAUUCCUCGGAGGAGGAAGAUGGGAGAAGAGAGGGAAUCAGGAAAGUCUGCUUGGAGGCGGAGGGAAAUGUUGCUUCUCUGAACUUAAAACUUCUCAUGGAGGGUCCCCAGACUCACAGGCAGAGGAGGGGUCUGAGCUGAGGCGUGGGGAGCCGCCCUUCUCCAGGACAGACAGGGAGAGAGCCAAGGGGCGCUGGUGAGGCCUCUCACCUGCCCCAGGAGCACCUGACUUCCGAGCCGCUGACGUAGAUGCUGUUCCCCGGGCCAGGGCCAGGCCGGAUGCCUUAGGAUCAUGGAGUCCAACCUGCAGGGGACGUUCCUGCUGAACAACACGCCACUGGCUCAGUUCUCGGAGAUGAAGGCCCCCGUGUGCCAGUACUCGGUGCAGAACUCCUUCUACAAGCUCAGCCCUCCGGGGCUGGGCCCCCAGCUGGCUGCCGGGACCCCCCACGGGAUCACAGACAUCCUGAGCAGGCCCGUGGCCACGCCGAACAGCAGCCUUCUCUCCAGCUACCCCCACGUGGCAGGCUUUGGUGGACUCGGCUCCCAGGGGGUCUACUAUGGACCCCAGGUGGGGAAUUUUCCCAAGGCUGGCAAUGAGUACCCGCCCCGGACCCGGAACUGCUGGGCGGACACGGGCCAGGACUGGCGAGGCGGGCGGCAAUGCGGCAACACCCCGGAUCCCCUGAGCGACAGCAUCCACAAGAAAAAGCACACCCGGCCCACCUUCACGGGACACCAGAUCUUUGCCCUGGAGAAGACCUUUGAGCAGACCAAGUACUUGGCUGGCCCUGAGAGGGCACGGCUGGCAUACUCGCUGGGGAUGACUGAGUCACAGGUCAAGGUGUGGUUCCAGAACCGAAGGACCAAGUGGCGAAAGAAGAGCGCCCUGGAGCCGUCGUCCUCCACGCCCCGGGCCCCGGGCGGCGCGGGCGCGGGCGCGGGCGGGGAGCGCGCGGCCUCGGAGAACGAGGACGACGAGUACAACAAGCCGCUGGACCCCGACUCGGACGACGAGAAGAUCCGCCUGCUACUCCGCAAGCACCGCGCCGCCUUCUCGGUGCUCAGCCUGGGCGCGCACAGCGUCUGA